GUAAUUGUUAAUCUGCUGCAUCUUUUCGCUCUGGACGAUCCAUCUCUGUAACAACAACUACUACUACUAGGUCGCGCGGAAGGGAACUGCAUUGGGCGGGUCACAGGAAAAGUCGGCUUUCACUAUGAUAUCCCCCCUUCCAUUUUCAGUCGUCUAUUGCUUACUGCUUUUCAUGCAUGGUGUUUCGGGCUGGCUGGAUAACCAGGCUUCAUACCACUUUGGUUUCUAUCUUUGGUUUCUAUCUUUUGGUUUUGGGUUGGCAACUAGAUUUGGUUUGCUUCUAAACAGUAUCUCUAUCGGGAUCGGGACCUCACGGUCAAAAUCAGUGUGCCUUAUACCACUCUUAGUAUCAUCUUAUCAAUUUAUCAAUAUCAUUGGCUAUCGCAUCGAGCCUCUAACUUGUCCCUUCUCCUUGCUAUGGAACUAUGCUUGAGGAUCCACAGCCCCUGCAUGCUGCACACAUGGCAUCUGAGACACACGCCAGAGCCAUGGCGACUCACUCGAGUCUCGGAUGUUCAAGAAUGACUCUU